AUGCGCUUCCAGUACCUCCACAUCCUCAUCCUCCUCCUCCGCAAAGCUCCCGAUAGCAAAGACCGCCGCGUCCAGGCCGCUCGCGACGCAAUCAUGCUUCUCCCCGAUCUCGUCUCCAACUCGAGCCACGUAUACAACGGCCUAGUCUGGCAACUCCUAUACUACCCCUUCACACCAUUCUUCACACUAUUCGGCCACAUCAUGGAAAAUCCCUCCGCACCAACCACGCAGCAAGACCUCGACUUGCUCACCACGACCGCAACAUAUUUCAGCAGCAUGAAGCAAUUCGGCUCCCUCCCCGCUGUCUCGUCUAAGUUGGAGAAAACAGCCCUCGUCUUUUGUGAUUUGGCAAGGUUUGUAACGUUCAGUGACCAUACCAACGAGGAUGCCCAUGACCUGCAGUCUACGGCGACGGCAACAAGCUCAGAAGACUCUGUGGUAUUAGAAGUAAGCUCCGACGAGCCUAUUCGCUCUGUCGACGCUUCAUCCAGCGGGGACGGUUUCGGGCUAUAUACAGACGCCUUCAUGGCUUACCUCCGAAAUCAAGAUUACAGUGCACAGUCGGGCUUUGACAACACGGAUAUUGAAAACUUAUUGGGCUGCUUGGAUUCAGAGGGACUUUCACCGCGCAAGCGUAAGCGAUCAUUUGAAAACACAAUGGACUGGUUUUCUUGGGACACAUACUACUACAAAGAUGAAUGA